GCGCAGUGUGGCGCGGGGGUUGGUGGGACAGCGCGGUGGAGGACAGACAUGUCGGGGGUCCGGGCGGUGUCUCGGCUGCUGGGCGCCCGGCGCCUGGCGCUGACCAGAGCACAGUGGCCGGCGGCAUGGCAGACAGGCACCCGCAGUUUUCACUUCACCGUUGAUGGGAAUAAGAGGUCCUCUGCUAAAGUUUCAGAUUCAAUCUCUACGCAGUACCCAGUGGUGGACCAUGAAUUUGAUGCAGUGGUGGUAGGCGCUGGAGGGGCGGGCUUGCGAGCUGCAUUUGGCCUUUCGGAGGCUGGGUUUAACACGGCCUGCGUCACAAAGCUCUUUCCCACCAGAUCACACACCGUUGCCGCCCAGGGAGGAAUCAAUGCUGCUCUGGGCAACAUGGAGGAGGACAACUGGAGGUGGCACUUCUACGACACCGUGAAGGGCUCCGACUGGCUGGGGGACCAGGACGCCAUCCACUACAUGACAGAGCAGGCCCCUGCUUCUGUGGUAGAGCUGGAGAAUUAUGGCAUGCCAUUUAGCAGAACUGAAGAUGGAAGGAUCUAUCAGCGUGCUUUUGGUGGACAGAGCCUCAAGUUUGGGAAAGGCGGGCAGGCCCAUCGGUGCUGCUGUGUGGCUGACCGCACUGGCCACUCCCUGCUGCACACGUUGUAUGGAAGGUCUCUGCGAUAUGAUACCAGCUAUUUUGUAGAGUACUUUGCCUUGGAUCUCUUGAUGGAAAAUGGAGAAUGUCGUGGUGUUAUUGCACUAUGCAUAGAAGAUGGGUCCAUCCAUCGCAUAAGAGCCAAGAACACUGUUGUGGCUACCGGAGGUUAUGGGCGCACCUACUUCAGCUGCACAUCUGCCCACACCAGCACCGGUGACGGCACCGCCAUGGUCACCAGGGCAGGCCUUCCGUGCCAGGACUUGGAGUUCGUUCAGUUCCACCCCACAGGUAUAUAUGGUGCUGGUUGUCUCAUUACGGAAGGAUGCCGUGGAGAGGGAGGCAUUCUCAUUAACAGUCAAGGCGAAAGGUUCAUGGAGCGAUAUGCCCCAGUCGCAAAGGACCUGGCAUCCAGAGACGUUGUAUCUCGGUCCAUGACUCUGGAAAUCCGUGAAGGCAGAGGCUGUGGCCCCGAAAAAGACCAUGUGUACCUGCAGUUGCACCACCUACCCCCCGAGCAGUUGGCCAUACGUCUGCCUGGCAUUUCAGAGACAGCCAUGAUAUUUGCCGGUGUGGAUGUCACCAAGGAGCCAAUCCCCGUCCUUCCCACUGUGCAUUAUAACAUGGGUGGCAUUCCCACCAACUACAAGGGGCAGGUUCUGAGGCACGUGAAUGGCCAGGAUCAGAUCGUGCCUGGCCUGUAUGCAUGCGGGGAGGCCGCCUGCGCCUCGGUGCACGGUGCCAACCGCCUCGGAGCUAACUCGCUCUUGGACUUGGUCGUCUUUGGCCGGGCAUGUGCCCUGAGUAUCGCAGAGUCCUGCAGACCUGGAGAUAAAAUUCCCCCGAUUAAACCAAAUGCCGGGGAAGAGUCUGUCAUGAAUCUUGACAAACUGAGAUUUGCCAAUGGAAGCGUGAGAACAUCUGAACUACGACUCAACAUGCAGAAGUCGAUGCAGAAUCAUGCUGCUGUGUUCCGUGUGGGAAGUGUGUUACAGGAAGGCUGUGAGAAAAUCAGCCAGCUCUAUGGAGACCUAAAGCAUCUGAAGACAUUUGACCGAGGAAUGGUCUGGAACACCGACCUGGUAGAGACCCUCGAGCUGCAGAACCUGAUGCUCUGUGCACUUCAGACCAUUUAUGGAGCAGAGGCCCGGAAGGAGUCACGUGGUGCUCACGCCAGGGAAGAUUACAAGGUGCGGAUUGACGAGUAUGAUUACUCUAAGCCCAUCCAGGGGCAGCAGAAGAAGCCGUUUGAGGAGCACUGGAGAAAGCACACCCUUUCCUACGUCGAUAUCAAGACUGGGAAGGUCUCAUUGGAAUAUAGACCUGUGAUCGACAGAACUUUAAAUGAGGCUGACUGUGCCACGGUCCCUCCAGCCAUUCGCUCCUACUGAUGAGACCAGAGUUGACCAGCUUUUGUAAUUAUGUAUAAUAGCUCAUGCGUGUGUUCAUAUCCUAAUUACCUUUUUAAAAUCCUGUACUCAAGUGAAUAAGGAGUGUCAUUGGAAUAGAGAUCAUCUACCCGGUAGCCAGAAGCUUGCUAGUAAUCAACAGCCAGGAAGUGUGAAUGAAGCUUACCUUUUGCUUCAUCAUCCUUGUGACAUAAUAAAACUGGGCAUGAUUCUUAAAUAAAGCAUAAAUUACAAACUUCUAUUUCCAAGUC